AUGGUCACACUUCGUUGGAGUUCCUUCCAUUGCUGCUUCUGCCCAUCAUUCAUCCUUGCAGCCAUGAGCUCACAGGAUGCCCAGCUCUCCUACCAUUACAAGUCUUUUUCUGGGGACUAUGAAAGAGUGGAAACAGCACUCGAAAGGUUGGAGGCCAGUGGCUAUUACUGGAGCACUCUUUCAGGUACUGAUGCCAAAAAGCUGUUAUCCAACCAACCUGUUGGCUCCUUUCUCAUCCGUGACUCUUCAGAUCAUCACCACCUAUUUACUCUCAGUCUUCGUACAACUGCUGGAAUUACCAACCUACGCAUUAAACUUGAGGGCACUUCUUUUUACCUAGAGACGGUUGCAGGAACAGAGAACCCCCCAACCUUUACAUGUGUGGUAAAGCUGGUUGAACAUUACAUGAGACUGACAGCAGCAGGAGAGUCUGACUCUAAUCUGUGCUACAUUGAAGGGAAGGAACAGCCAGUCCCUCUAAUGCUUAGGCAACCAUUAAAUUGUAAAGUUGUCUCUCUACAAUAUUUGUGCAAACAGACAGUGGUGGCCAACAUGCCAGCAGGAGCAUCUGGCUCUGAUGGGAACUUAGAGGAACUUCCUGUUUCUAAGAUGCUUCAGAAUGCCUUUCAAAAUUAG